AUGCAGGCAGCCCAAGAACAAAUACUUGAAGAUGCUACCGAAGAACUCCGUGAUGGCCUCAGGGAGAUCCAAGAGAAUCCCUUUGUUCCUAGCGAAUCGGCUGAUUGGGAUGAAGGCCUUAGUUAUGAGCAGCUAGUGAGUGUAGUCAAUUUGUUGCUGCCCAGAAAGCGCACAAAAGGCUCGACUUGGGGCGACCGGAUGACAAAACUGUACACUUCAUGGACAGAACAGCUCCCUGUUCUUGCGAACUUCUAUCUCCAUUUCAAGACAGAGAAUCCACGCUCAACACCGGCUCAUUAUCCCGCUCCUGGAGAUGACAUUGGGUAUAUUCAUAUUCACUGCCUUGACAUAUUUGAUGGGGAUGCAAUUGAAUAUAUUCCUAUGCGUCCAGGUGAAGUCUUUCCUGCAUGCGCGCUUAUACGUGCAGGAUAUCUUUGCCCAACACCAAUGGAGCCUCAACUUGCGAUAUCCUUACAGUCACUUGAGCUUCUCCACUCUCUUUUCCGUGUGGCCCCAGCUUUUACUUUUCAGCACUUUUCCCGCCUUCUGGCCAACAUGCACAAGGCUGUGUAUAAGCCUUAUUCAAGGACCCAGGUCUCCCUCAUAUUUGAUAUCUUUUAUCGCAUUCUCUCUCAUUUGGACAGCCUUGUAAAACAAACCGUGGGCUAUGACGAAGCUGAUCACCAUCUGAAGACCUCUUGCCCAGCAUGUCACAACCAGGGAAGUAAUCUCAUUCGUAAAUAUGGUGAUGGGAACACCUCACUCUCACGAAUGCGCCACCACUUUGAGGGGGACUUGCGGCACUUCAACAGCGACUACUAUCUCCCUCGGGCAGAGUCAGUGCCCUCAUCCAUAUUUAUAGCUGAUGGCUGCCUGGGAUGGAAGAAUGCCCAGCCAAUCGCAUCGAAGACGAAGGCAGGGGCAAUGCAAAUCAUGGACGAAACUGGUAUAUUUUCAGUUGUCUGUCGUCACGGGAUUGUUCAGUUCCUUGUUGACAUGAUCGAAAGUGGGGAGCUAAUAUUUUAUUUGCAUAUGAUGUUGGCUGCUCGUUCUCUCAAACACUUUCAAAAUCCCCCAUCAGCAACAUUGCACAAGGCAAAUUUCAAAUCCUGCACCGGUUCAUUCCAUGGUGCUGCCCACAACAGGUCUUGCCAGCUUGAGUUUCUUAUCGGCUUGCAGAAAGGCGCUGGGAUUGAAGAUGGUGAAGGUAAUGAAGUGUCUAUUCGGAAAGCAAUGCACUUGCCUCUGCCACCCGACACGCAUCACCAUACAGUCGCCACCUUCGAAUUCACAUACACUUUACCAAGUGGGAUGAGACGAAGAGACUUCUUAUUGAACAACCACACGUCGGCUUGGAGGAUAAUUAAGGAGAGUGCUGAAGUACUUGAGACCAUGCGACGGCUGUGCCCCACCUUCGAUCCUGACAGUGAUUGUCCAAGGUGGCUACAGGAGGAGAGACAGUACAUAGCAUCCCUCCGAUCGGAACCCGAAAGUGAGAGGAGAAAGAUAGAGUACUUGGAGGCUAUUGAAUGCCUCGAGCGUGCAGAAGGAACAGUUUCCCACUGGAUCAGCCGGCUUGCUGCACCGACAACCUCUUCUGCACAGCAUACUACCUGGCACCUCCAAGAGGCAAACAAGGCCAUCGAGAAUGCCCGCGCCACUGUGAUGGCCUUGGAGGCAGCACUGGACACUUGGUCCCUUUCUCUUCCUUGGACGACUGACUCUCCCCAGCAUCUUGAAGCAAUCACCUUGCGUCAACAACGGGACUACCACCAACUACUGGAUGAACUCGAACACCAUGCCAUCUCACGUCAAUUUGAAGUUGAGAAAGUGGGGUUGCCUAGGACAGGUAUUACAUUCUACUCCCCUUACUGCCCUGCUCACUGUGCUGCCAUUUCCACAGAUUACAAGGCCCGUCAACAGAUUUUGUCCUUAGUGUCGAAGCGUGGAAAAACGUUACAAUCGACAAUCAAUAAGUACAAUGCUUUGGCAGCAUCUAUGAGCCCACCAAGGACGAAACUCACCUGGAAGGAAGUUACGGACCUCAACUUCAUAUCCGAUAUUGUGACAUUAUGUGGUCGUGAGGACAUACGUGAAAAGCCAUGGGCAAAACCGCUAUUUCGUAAUGCAACACGAGCCUGGUGCAAGUUACAACGUGCCCGUGAGGAGAUUGAAACCGUAGUCAUUGAAGCAAAUCGGUUGGGGAGUUUUGUGAGGGAUGAAGAGGCGCACUUGCAGAAGAUUAUUGAGGACACUCGACCCACCAACCCGCAUUGGCAGAAUAUAUAUCUCUCAUGCAGUGAACCACCCUCUGGCGCUUCAGCACAUACAACCAACACAUCGUCUCUCCUGUCCCCUAUCACCAAUCCGCCACCAACAUCACCCACCAACGCCGCAAAUAGAGACGGUUCAAAUUAUGCCAAUGAGCUAUUGAAGGCCAUUGACAGUGAGGCAGCAGACAAGGUUUCCGAGACCGAGAAUAUAGAUGUGGAUGAGGAAACUGAAGACUAUCACAAUCUUAUUGAUCGGCUUGCAAAUACGUUAAACAUUUCUGACCUAGAUUCGACGUAA